AAAGCCAGUCUGAAUGUGGUUUUAUGUUAUUUGCCUCAUACAGGAUCCUAACUGAAAAAGGAAUGAAAACUGAUAAAGGACUGGAGGUCAGAGUAUAAGAAAUGGGUGACUAGAGGGUCUGGCAGGCUUGGUGGUGACCUAAAAGAACAGGAAUGUGAAGUUCAGGGUGUGGAGCAGGCUGGAAAUUUCCAAAAUAAUUAUUCCCACAAUCCCUUGUGGAUACAUAGAACUAAGACCUUGAAGGAAGAGUCAGCCAGGACCACGACUGGUUGGACUUCUGAGGAGGAAGCUGCAGAGCACGUGAAGAGGCCGGCCAUGGGAUUACUGAGGUGAAGAUUGACAAACAGAACGGCUAGCGAUAUGCAGGAUGAUGGAUGGUCUGUUGUGAUUCUGGCCAGAGCAACAAGCGGCAGCUCCCAGUCAGCCAGGAAAAGUGUUUAAACUUUUAAAAUGUCAUCCAUUAAGCACCUAGUUUAUGCAGUUAUUCGUUUCUUACGGGAACAAAGUCAGAUGGAUGCUUAUACUUCAGAUGAGCAGGAAAGUUUGGAAGUUGCAAUUCAGUGCUUGGAGACAGUUUUUAAAGUCAGCCCAGAAGAUACACAUCUAGCAGUUUCACAGCCUUUGACAGAAAUGUUCACAAAUUCCUUCUGUAAGAAUGACAUUCUGCCUCUCUCAAACUCAGUGCCUGAAGAUGUGGGAAAAGCUGACCAACUAAAAGAUGAAGGCAAUAACCACAUGAAAGAAGAAAAUUAUGCUGCUGCAGUGGAUUGUUACACCCAGGCAAUAGAAUUGGAUCCAAAUAAUGCAGUUUAUUAUUGUAACAGGGCUGCUGCUCAGAGUAAACUGGGUCACUACACAGAUGCAAUAAAGGAUUGUGAAAAAGCAAUAGCAAUUGAUUCAAAAUACAGCAAGGCCUAUGGGAGAAUGGGCCUGGCCCUCACUGCCAUGAAUAAAUUUGAAGAAGCUGUUACAAGUUAUCAGAAGGCAUUAGAUCUUGAUCCUGAAAAUGACUCCUAUAAGUCAAAUCUGAAAAUAGCAGAACAGAAGUUAAGAGAGGUAUCUAGUCCUACAGGAACUGGAUUGAGCUUUGACAUGGCCAGCUUAAUAAAUAAUCCAGCCUUCAUUAGUAUGGCAGCAAGUUUAAUGCAGAAUCCUCAAGUUCAACAGCUAAUGUCAGGAAUGAUGACAAACGCUAUUGGGGGACCUGCUGCUGGAGUUGGGGGCCUAACUGACCUGUCUAGCCUCAUCCAAGCGGGACAGCAGUUUGCUCAGCAGAUACAACAACAGAAUCCUGAACUUAUAGAGCAGCUUAGAAAUCACAUCCGGAGCAGGUCGUUCAGCAGCAGCACUGAUGAACAUUCCUGACUUGACCAGGGUGCCUAGCCCAGAAUGCAAAUAGCGAUGGCUCUGAAGUGUUUGCUGUAAAUAGUGGCCAAAACAAAAAGAAAUCUAAACAUGUCUAGAUAAUAGGUUUAUCACAAACAGACUUGAACAUGUUUCCUUUGUAAAUGAGUCAUCAGUAGCCUUGUUAAGUGCCAGUAUAGCAGGGUUCCAGGGUUCCAUUUUCAAAUCUUCAUAUUUGUAUACUAUACUUAAUAGAAAAGUAUAUUUAUUGAACAGUAGGGGCUGUUUAUUGGUGAGUUCUCUAGCACCGAAUUUCUGUUAGGAAACUUUGUGAAAGAGAAGAUGACCAAGAAUAAAGGUUUCUCAUGCUGAUUUAGGAGAAGUAUACUUGCCACUGAGUAGCAUCUUUAGAGAGAAGAAAUUCAUUACCUGGGUUUCGCUUGGAUAGUGCUGUCAGUAGUGAAUAUAUACCACAGGAGCCAGUACUAUCUUUAAUGCUGCUUGUUCUGUUGGGUGAUGGAAUCUUAAGAGCUGGUGGAAAGCAGUAUUCCAUGUUUAGAAAACAAAAUAAUAGAUGAUGUGAAUGUAUAGAAAGUGAAGGUAGGAUGCUCAGGUUUUUUGCUUAGUUCUUAACCAAUCUUGCCUGCAGUUUAGUAUUGAAAAGCAUGGCCAAUUAAGCUAAGUACAUAGUAAAAUACGUUUAGAAAUCCUUAAUAACACUGGCUAGGUCAGUUGAAUUCAGGUUCACUAGCACAGUUUCCCCAGUUGUGACUUUAUCAUGGAAAACUCUCAAAUAUAUCUACAUUUAGUCAAUGGCUUGGCCCUUAAGUUAAGGAUUUUCUAAAUGGUAUUUAAUUAUGUGCCUGUAAAUACUGAAUUUCUUUUUAAACUCAGUAAUUAUUUGAUGGCUUACACAAAGCAUCUGUCACUAACACUGCUUGUUCAUGUAAUCGUCUGCAAUAAUUUGACUUGGCAUGUUGCUUUUAUGCUUAACCUUAAUUUGAUGCAGCUGAUGAUAGGGGACUUGAAAUAUUUUAUUGGAACUAGAAUACAUAUUACUUAGUGGAGAGAAGUGGCAUUAAGUAUUAGAGAAUGGCCUUAACUACAGGUGAGGGAUGAGACUGUUCUGAUUCCAACUGGAAUGUCUUUGGUUUGUUCAUCAUGCAAUUGGUAGAGUUGGCAAGCAGAUAAUGGAUUCACAUGUGUUGUGAGAGAAAGCUGAAAGUAAUAUAAAAUUAAAUCAGUAGUCCAUAUGUGGCCCUAAAAAGACAAAAAAAAAAAAAUUUAAAUCAGUACUACUUACUAUCAUCAGGGCCUUAGUAUAACUGUUCUCCUCAAAAGGCUACUUAGUAUCUUGAAGUUUAAAAAACAGCUUUCCCUUUCUUUCCCUUUGUGAGAUUAGAACAAUGUUCUAUAAUUUCACUGCAAGAAUUACCUGGAUGGGAGUUCCAGUUGUGGCUCAGCGGUAACAAACCUGACUAGUAUCCAUGAGG